AUAGUUUUGUAGGCGUAUUUUUAUGUUCUGUUUCAGUACAAUAUUAAUACAGAGCGCUAGCUAGAUCAUAUCAAUAGUGCUAGUGCAGUACAGUGCAUCUCGAUUGUCGGUCUCUAGUAUUAUAAAACUGUAACCCCAGUUUUUCAUUUGGACGAGAGCGUUAAGGUACAUACGUAGGUCCAGCUACACUGAACCUUAGGCCGGCCUUGUAGGAGAUGCCUCAUCAAAUUUCCUUCACCUCGUUGAUGUCAACAGUAACUGUGCUGGCUACCCUUUUUGCUUUUGUUCCUACACCUAGAGUUGUUGCACAACCUCACUGUGAUGCCCUGACCGAAUUAGCUUCGAAUGCUAAUCAAAGUACACUUCUUGGUUCAUGUACUCGUGAUGCUGAUUGUACCAUGAUAACUUGCAUGAUCUUAGACAUAACAACGCGAAAGUUCGUUCAAGAAGCACAGCUAAGAGUUCUGCCUUGCACAGUCCCUAUGCCACAGGUGGAGUUUAAGCUACUAAACGAUGACGGGGCUCGCUUUAUGCAGCUUGUCAAUAGUACUUCACAAGUACCUAUCAUGAUCAGCACCAAUGGGUUAAAUAUCGAAAUUGGAACGUUGAUUUCUUUUGUUAAUCAUACAGCAAAUGCUAUAGGAAUCAUGAUGGAGCUGUUACCACCAUCGCAACAAGUGCCGGUCACUCUUUUCAACUUCACUACUGUACUGCUGGACCUGUCAGCUUGCCCAACUAUAGAUCCCACUACUAGGGACCAAGCGACAACAGGAACAGUUACAAACAGUGGUACUACUAGGGACCAAGCGACAACAGGAACAGUUACAAACAGUGGUACCCAGUGUUUUUCAUACUCAAAAAUAUGGCUGGUGAUAGAAUCACUGCUAUUGUUUGCUGUACUGUUUGUGGAUAGAAUGUAAGGAGCCACCAUACUUGUACCAAUAUGUGUGUGAUCACUUAAUUUACUUUUUCUGGCCACCAAUAAUUUGUGUUUUUUUUAAUUUUUGUACGCUAUUUUUACAGCUUUAUAUAUACAGUCAUGUAAUUGC